AUGUCCAGACGCUUAGCCACCAAUGCUUCAAAUGCACCAUGGCAUAAGUUGGAAGAUGAGAUCUCACACAGUCUGGCCCAGAAAGCAGAAAAACAGUUUAGUCAUCCUCAUCGGAAGGAAAUGUUGUUGGAGGUGCUUGGACCAUAUUUUGUUGAGAAAUAUCUCACUCAUAUUCAACGCAAACCGGAAGUACUGGAACUUUUGAGUAGUGAUGAGAGAAACCGACUGCGUACUGAUGCAGAGAACUGGCUCAACGUACAGAUGUACAAGGCAGUGAGACAAACAGGGCAUGGGUAUCUGCUGACAGGCAUCGGUCCAGGAGAACCUCCUCCGAUUGGAACAUACGCUGCAUUUUUACAAGAAACUUUUUCUAUUUUCACAACUGGUUUAGACCGAGAGCUGUAUAUUCAGGAACAGAAAUCUGCAAGAACAGGAAAAGCCAGUGUCAUGAAUAAACAAGGGGCUUCAGAUAUCUACAAAGUCCCUGCUCCCAGUCGGUUGAAACCGGUUCCAACAGACGAUUCUGGAAACUCCCAGUUAUUGCAGAACCAAACUGGUCCAUCCAAAUCUCACAUGGUCAUCAGUGAAGCACCACCUUUGUGGGGACCUCAGAGUGACCUCAUGGGGUCAGCAGUUGUGUCUUUACUCCAGCGAGACCCUCGUAAGUUUGAGGUGGUUGUUGGACGUCUACAUGGACGACAGUUGCCAGGAAGUCUGAGAACAUACAUUUGGGCAGAUGUGCUGUUUAAAGCUGAAAGACAGAAAAUGAAGGAAGUUUAUGUUGAGAAAGUUGUACGUGAAAGAUUUGCUGUGAUUGUUACUCGAGGACUGACUGAACUGAGAAUCAAGAAACCCACACAGUCUCCAAUUAAUGGCCUCAUUCAGAAUGCAGUUAUUGAGACAUACAGCAAGACAAUAAGUAUGAUACCAUAUAAACAGAUGGAACACAUCAAAGAAACCAUAAAGGCUUUGAAUGUUUUGUAUGUGUAUGACAGAAGCUACGAGCCGUAUCUUGUACACUGGUUGUUUCCCUUGCAACUGGCAUUCAGGAAUAAAGAAGCCAUGAUGGAUGAUAAAGGAGAGCACGUUUUAGAACUAGCCAUGUACCUGGACAUGCUCAGUUCAAAUUGUUUCCCGUCCUGGCCACAUGUUUUUGCCAUGGCUGAGCAGGUGAUGAUGAAGCUGCAGCAACAUGAUCCAGACUUGUACACCCACCUGAAACAUAUUGCCCCUAUCAACGCCCAGGUUAACCCAAAGGAAUUUCUGGUUCAUUUGCUUUAUCAAGAGCGAGAAAAGGCUGAUGAACUUUUGCAGACAACCUCAUCUAAUACACCACGAGCACCUACUUCUGUUACACAGUUUCUGACUGAUCCUACAAUUUUCUUGCGGAGAUGGAUCGGUGAGGAUCCAUGGCUAGCAGAUGUGAAACCUGAGAACCUUCGCCUGAAUGUCAGCAUCUAUUUUGGUAGUAUAAAGAUCCGCUCACGGCUGUCACACUCGCUGUCAGUCAUGACAUCACAGACCUGGGAUGGUUACGGCUCACUGAAUAUGGACUUUGAGUUUCCAGGAGAACGCCACAUUUACGACAUGAUUGACAUCUCCCCGUAUGAUGUGGAGCGGGAACUAGGAGCAUAUCCGAAUGCUAUUUUUAGGGUGGAGUGUAUAAAACAUACAACUGGACAAAAAUCUGACUCUGGUCCUGUGACUCUGGGAUGGAGCCGUAUACCACUGUACCGCCACACCAGCCUUGAUGAGGAACAACUGUUUGCUUUGAUUGUUGGAGACGUGACAGUACCUCUUCAUCCUGGAGCCGUCCCAGAGAGUUUCAUUUCUGCUCAGCCACAGACCCCAACAGAGGAAGGCCAAGCUCAAGCACCUGCCCUGCUUGGUUACAGCUGCACUCUCUCGGCAUUUGUAUUUGACCCAAAUAAUGAGCCGGCAGAUCGGAAAAGUGGUGCCUUACAAACCAAAGCCAGCCGCACCUCCUACAAUAAAAUACUUUGUCUUAUUCAGGCCAACACCCAGACAAUAAAAUACUUUGUUUUAUACAGGCCAACACCCAGACAGCCGAUACCACUACCUCAACCACCAGCAAAGGCCACCUUUCAGCCAAGUCCUCGUCAGAAUAUCCCAGAAGAUACAAAUCCAUGGACACUAUUCAAAUCUGCUGCCACAAAGUCUGAUCCUAAACCAACCAGCAACAGAGAUCCUUUUGUCCUGUAUAUUGAUUCUGUUCGCUACCUUCCAGACAGCGCAACAAUUGUGAAGGUGACAGGCAGAAUUUUGAGAGCAGGUGAUCUGACAAACUUACAGGACAUCCUUGCCGUUCCUGACCUUGACAGCCCAGCAAGGUCACCAGCAUUCAACUUCAGCAUGCUGGUCAAUGAGGGUCGACAAAUUGCUGAUCCUGAACUGUUGCUGUUUCUCCGUCUCUACACAUUUGACAUGGAGACACAGAAGGUGGUUGUCAUUGGCAGCGCUCUUGUUAGAGUUUUCAACCCUAGCAGGAAGAAAGGAGAAGGUCUUCUGAAUGUGGGAGGUCACCAGUUGCGGCUACAUUCUGGCAUUGCCUCUGACUUGGACAACAAUCCCAUCAUUCCUGGCUGUUCUUUCCUCAUAAGACUCCUCCCUCAGAUGCAGGACCUGGUACCUGCUCCAGAUUACUCCACUGGCUACUAUAAAUCUGAAGGCUGCAAGCCGACAGCUUCUGAACUGAGACUUUUUGCCAGUUAUGCUGCAGAUAACAUGGCUCGUCCCAAGGUAGAACGGGACGUAAUCCUUCGUCUUCAGCAGUAUGAGAAACCAACUAUGACAAGUGGCUCUGAUGCCCAGCUGGCUAUCUGGCUGAUAAAUAAACUGGACAUAAAAAAACAGCAGGGAGUCAACCAACCUGCCGGAGACCUCCCUCUACACCGGUGUGUCCGCUACAGAAUUCAAGUUGGCCUAAAUAUCCAGAUAAAGGCGGCCUUUGGUUUACCAGAUGGCCUAUAUAUUCAGUGUUUUGCACAUGUAGCACCAGGAAAGCAAGCUAAAUAUAAUUCGCCAACAUCAGAAGGUUUUGGAAAAGAGGAGAAGUUCAUUACUACAAAACUGGCACCUGGCAGUCAUCUUACAGCGCCAGUUUGGGAGGAUGGACCUAAGAAGAUGAAUCCAUUUUAUGACAGCAACAGCUGUCUGAUCAUCCAACUGUUUGGACUGAAGGUCUUGUACAGACCACAAGCAGAUCAUAAAUCUCCUGGAAUGGUCCAGAAACCUGACGGAACCUCACUGGUUAUUUCCAAAGAUGAACUGAUUGGAUGGACAGUGGUUCCGCUGUUUGAAGGAAACUCUGUGAUAUCUGGUACCCAUACUGUCCCAGUUUUAACUUGCCCGCUAAAUGAGGAAAUGAUGGAUGCACUGUCUGAGAAAACUGCCUGGCAAGCUCUGAACCAAACAAUAUGGAAUAACUACAACAAAAUUCCUGGGGCAAGUAUUGAGGUCAGGGUCUGGGACGCUCAUUUUGACUUCCAUGAACUGCCAAAAGUCGAGGAUCAUCAGGGUCUGCUGGAAGUGGUUGGGGGCAAGGAGCAGUAUCUGGAGACAGCCAGAGCACCUCCCAGCAGCAUCACCCAGCAAGAGUUUCUGCUGGGCAUGUUGGAGGAAAAGGUUCAAAGACAAGGAUUGAAUGGAAGUACCUUUAAGAAGGAGUUUGUGUUCUUCCAUGAGGAAAUGGCCAAGAUAUUUACUGCCUUGAUGGCUGACUACUGCCUCAAGAAUGGAUUUGCCCCAGUAGGAUCUGGAACAGUACCUGCUAAAGAUGACAUCUCUGUGUGA